UUGUGAUCCUUGUUUUCGUAUUACUUUGUUAAUCGAAAAGGUUAGAUUACUCGUAUGUUUUAAGGUGUUCAUAUAUCACACCGUUUAAGCCUGUAAAAUUGUUAUUUUACUUGCAUAUUUGAUUCGUAUUUUAUACUUGGUUCACUUAUUAAAAUGUUUGAAGCAAGACUUACUAGUGCCGCAACUUUAAAAAAAGUUUUAGAGGCGGUUAAAGAACUUCUGAAUGAGGCCUCUUUUGAUUGUUCUGAUUCAGGCAUACAAUUGCAGGCCAUGGAUAAUUCACAUGUUAGUUUAGUAUCCUUAACUUUACGAUCAGACGGUUUUGAUAAAUACAGAUGUGAUCGAAGCCUUACAAUGGGAAUGAACUUAGCCAGUAUGAGCAAGAUAUUAAAAUGUGCUAACAACGAUGAUACAGUUACAAUUAAGGCUCAGGAUGAUGCAGAUACCGUUACAUUUGUAUUUGAAUCAAAAAAACAAGAAAAAAUAUCUGACUAUGAAAUGAAGCUCAUGAACUUGGACCAAGAACACCUUGGUAUCCCUGAAACUGACUUUUCAUGUGUAAUUCGCAUGCCAUCAGUAGAAUUUGCACGAAUUGUGAGGGAUUUGGCACAAUUUGGUGAAACAGUAUUGAUUUGCUGCACAAAGGAAGGUGUGAAAUUCUCUGUUUCUGGUGAUGUAGGAAGUGCUAAUGUGAAGUUGGCUCAAACUAAUAAUUUUGAUAAAGAAGAAGAAUCUGUCUCUAUUGAAAUGCAAGAACCUGUUUCACUAUCAUUUGCAUGUCAGUAUUUAAUUUCAUUUACAAAGGCUACACCGCUUUCACCAAGAGUGCAGCUGUCCAUGUCCAGCAAUGUUCCUUUGGUAGUAGAAUAUGAAAUUGCAGAAUUGGGUUAUAUUCGUUACUAUUUGGCUCCAAAAAUUGAAGAUGAUGAAAACUAAUGUAAAUGGUAGAUUGUAAGUGCAUUUACAUAUUAUUUUAACUUUUUAGGUUUAGUUUCCCAAACUUAUUUUUUAAGCAAAUAUAUUUUUAAAAAAAUAGCACAAACACCUCAUUGUCUUUUUUGU